GUGCGACAUCCAAGGUCAACAUGGAAUAUCCUCACAAAGGGUACAUCUAUGUCCAAAGGUACUUAACUGUCAAUUAACAGAGUUAGUUAAACUGAAAUCAAAUUUGACCUGAAUCAGUAAUCAUUAUUAAUUAUUACUGAAAAAAAUGAGGCUGAGUAAGAUGUGAAGAAUUAUGCAGGUCAAGGUGUAUGUUAUCCACUGAGGCUGAAGGCCACAUCCUGCGAGAUCUGCAUCCUGAUGGACUGACUGGCCUACUGAUUGGCAUGCUGACAGACUGACUGACCCACUGACUGACAUACUUACUGACUGACAUCCUUACAUGCUGAUUGACUGACAGGUAGAAUGACUGACAUGUGGACUUGACAUGUGGACAGACUGACUGACCUAGUGACUGGCAUGCUGAUGGACUGACUGACGUACUCACUGACUGUUUGACUGGCUGACUGACUGACUGACUUACUGACCAACUGACUGACUUACUGAUUGACUAACUAUUCUGACCUACUGAUUGACUGUUCAACUGGCUGACUCACUGACUGACUGACUGACUUGCUGACUGACAUACUUACAUGCUGAGUGACUGAUUAACUGACAUGCAGAAUUACAGAUGGUCUUUCUGAGAUAGUCAUGGGCAGAUUAGUUGAUUGUUGCUGAAAUUGCAAGCUAACUUUCUGACUAUUUGAGUCUUGCCAGUUCUCUUGCACUGUUUUCUGACCGACUGAUGAUGAAAGAGAUGUGGUUGACUUUUUGAUUACCUGUUCAGACUUACAAUCAUGACUGAAUCAAUACAGGGUAAGGGUGUGAUUAUGGACUAACUAAUCGGCUGACUGGGUUAGUCACUGGCUAACUGACUGACUGACUGUCUGGAGAAUUGGCCACCUGACUCUAUUGAUUGAGGGCUCACUGGAAGGCGUAACAACCAAUUCACUGCCUGGAUGUUUUCAUAGGCAGUAUAAUUAUUCUAUUGGACUAUUUAAACUGAAACUAAGGAUGCACUUGCUGACUGUACUGUCUGGGGUCUAUUCAGCUGACCCGCUGACUGAAUGACUUGGUAUUAACUGACUGACUGUCUUUAGACUUGAUGACUUAACUCCUCAACUCACUGACUGUUUGAGUUUACUGUGUGGUGUCUGACAACCUAAUGCACUGACUGAGUGAUGUCGAGUGGACUUCCUGACUGUCCAAGGACUUACUGACCAUAACAGGUGACUGAAUGAUGUGGAACUGCCUUGUGGACUGUUUUAGGGCUUACUUAAGCUCAUUCAUUGUCCCACUGACUCUACUUUUUGGCGGCUGACUGGCUGACUGUCUAACUCUUUGACUCGAUGAAUGACUUACUAGGCUGACAGGGUGACUGAAUGAUGUAGAACUGAUUUGUAGACUGUUUGAGGGCUUACUUAAGCUCAUUCAUUGUGACUUACUGAAGGACUGACAGGCUGACUCUACUGUCGGGGGCUGACUGAAUUUAGGACUGUCUUUGGAAUUAAAGGCCUUUUCUUUGACUCAAUGAAUGACUCGUGGGCUGACCCUACUCUCUUGGUUUAAACUAAUCUGGGGUGUUCACCCAAAUCAUGUUCUAAAUUUUUCAAAAUUCGAAAUUCGGAAGCAAAAUUAUUUCAGAUUUUGUUUGAACUGUGGUUAUUGAUGGUCUACCGGAUUACCAAAUGGAGAGAAUCAGCUGAUAUAGAGAAAAUAGAAUAUUCUUCUCUGACUCAGGAGAGGAAAGCUAAACUCAGUGCUUUUAGUCCAUGACAAACAAAUGUGUUUUAUAGUGAAGGAUACAGAAGUUUCAGUUUUAACUUGAAGAAAUGUUCCCUUUGCAUAUUGUUGAUGUGAAUUUUAUAUCAGUUUAGUUUUAACAUUAUGAGCUGACGUCAACGAUGUAUGAUAGUUUCAGGCAUUCCAUUUUUCCUUUGUUGUUAAUUGCCUUAACAUGAUGAAUUUGUAAAUGUACGAAGAUAUUAGUAUUGUACAUAUUAAAAAUUUGACCAUGGAUUGCAAUUGGAAAAUAAGGGCAUUCGGGAUGUCGCCUCUUUCGGGGGCUCUACCAGGGUUGUCAAAAGUAGCCAGCUGCCGGCAAAAAUUUCCACCUACUAACUUGGUUAGUAUCGGCUGGCUACUCUGCUUGGCAUUUCUUUAUGGAUGGUGUUUUUUAAAUAAAAUAUCCCUGGACUGGUGGCUUACUUUGACAACUCAGCCGUCUACUUCAAAACUUUCUGACAACCCUGCUCACCAUUUUCAGGAUUUAUUAAAAGUCAGAAACUUUUGACGUUACUUUCAGGGGGUCGUAACUUUCAGGGGUCAUAACUUUCGGGGGUUCCCUACUAUGGAAACUUUAUGGUAAUGAAAUUAGGAUGACUGAUGUUUUAUUUUUGCAUUUUAUUGGUGCCUUCAUAGUCGUAUUUCCAUAGUAUUGUUACUGCACCUAACAAUAUUAUUACAUGUUCUUUAGUAUUUAUUUACUGAAAAUGUCCAGUGGAAGACGCAGGGUAAUGGCAUUUCUGAGAAUCUAAAUUUAAAAAUUUUUCUGCCCCUUCUGACCCCCUGUUUGUACACCUGCAAAAUCUCACACAUGUCCCAGGGGAUCAAAUUUGACCUGAAUCAGUAAUCAUGUACAUUAAGUAAGGAUAAAAAAAUAGAACCGCUCUAUUUUAUUGUAUUUUAAAUUAAGAUAGUUAUAACUUGUUGCUUACAUUGAUUUGUGUUCUUUUGCAGGUCAGAUGGAUAUGCCACAAACAGACUGGAACAAGUCUUCAACAUUUAGGAUUUUAGAGGUUAUCUUGAGUACCAUGUAA